GCCGCUAGGCAGACGCCACCACCCGGGUUGCCUUCAACGUUAACGCUAAUGGAACUCGAUCCUGCUGUCGAAGCUCAGCUUCAGCUAUCUACAUUCAAAGGGAAAUUCGAUGUCACAGAAUUCGUUGGUGGUGUUUCUGAGAAACUCAUCGCACAGUCUAAAUCCGAUGCUGGUCCCUUUGACCCAAUCCCAUUCAUCAAGACUUUCGAGGCCGCCGUAGACAAACUCAUCGCAGUUCGGAAGGAAGUUCAAGCCAAGACCGAACAAAUGGAGAAGAGUGUCAGAGUGUCAGAGCGAGAAUAUUCCAAGAAAAUGGCCGACUUGAAUCGUGGAUUUGAGUCUGUUGGGAACUCUUUCUCCGGAAUGGAAAGCCGGAUGAAUGAAGUCAGUAGUACGGCUAUCAGGAUUGGGGAACAAUUGGAGACUGUCCACAUCGAACGCCAGAGAGCUCAAGCUGCCUACGAUAUCAUCGAUUAUUAUAAUCAAUUUUCCAAAGGAGAUACAUCACGGUUGGAUACGUUACGGAAGGAAGGUCGUCAAGGGAGACGGCAGGUAGCUGUUCUACUGAGAAGAUUGAACACAGUAGCUAAAGAAGUGGAUUUGCCGAUGGCCGACAAGACUCGUGAAAACAUUGAGAAAUAUUGUGAAAAGUUCGAAAAGGAAAUGUUAAAUCUUUUCGAUCGUUGUUAUCGCAAAGGGGACCCAAAAAUGAUGCAUCACUGCGCCCAAACUCUUCUAGAAUUUAACGGCGGUUCCUCGUGCAUUCAAGUUUAUGUGAAUCAACAUGAUUUUUUCAUCAACAAUGUCAGGGAAUCAAAAGGUGUUGAAGACUCACUCUUAUGGAGCGUUAUUUCCAAUCCAGACACUAUCCCUCCCAAGAACGAGGCCGGACUUACAGAGUUAUUCACCGAGAUCAGAGCUACGGUAGACACCGAGGCUCAGAUAGUCAAAGCUGUAUUUCCUAACCCUCCUGUGGUGAUGCAAGUCUUCUUACAGCGCGUAUUCGCACAAUCGAUACAACAACAUGUGGAACAUCUACUUCAUCGAGCAACUGCUAUAUCUGAUCUAGCAUAUCUCCGAGUACUGCAGCUUGCGCACAUCCAAACUUCCAUCCUCGUUGAAGAUCUCAAAGUGUACGAGCUACCUGCAUCAGGAUCUCGUGUACCAUUUGAGGCGGGGGAAUUGAACAAAACGUUAUUCGGAACCACUAACGUCGGAAUAAACGCUUCAACUUCAUUGUCUACAAUGCUAGAAACUGCGAUGGAGGAAUUAUUUGUGCCAUACACAGAAGGGCAACGCUAUCUGGAAAGAGAGAGUCAAAGCCUCGGCGCACUCUACGCUGGUAUUUUGGUCAAUUUCACUCGCUACCAUCAGGCUAAAGCGCCCAAAGGAAAAUCCUCCAUAUUUGACCGUGUUGUCAAUCAGCUCAGCAAUACGGCUGCUACCACGUCCAGUGGUGGCGUCCAAACGACUUCUGCUCAAGCAGCCAACGCUAUCCUGAGAUUUGGUGGCCUCAAUGCAGAAAAAAACGUCGUCGACGAGGAACCCGUACGAGAAGAAGACGGCCAGUUAAGCGUUGACGUUGCCGAAAAGAUGUUGAAAUGGCAUGCUGAAGCUAUAGGAAGAUGUGUGGAAUUAAGUGCACCCAAUGAUCUAUCGAGGAAUACAUUUGCUCUACUUCGAGUGUUGGCCGAAGCGAUAAGCACUGCAUAUAUCGAAGGGGCGCUCGAGACAGCGCAAGCUCGAUUGGAUGCCAGCGACCCUAAGGCUGAACCUUUGCUUCAAGUUUUGAUUACUCUUCGAACAGUAGACCUUAUUUGUCACCUUUGGCAACAGUAUGUGAAUACCGCUCUUCUUCCACUUGCAAGUUCAUCUGUCACCAUCCGUCGUGAAAUGUUGGUCUUCAAUAAUCAGACUGUCAGUCGAUUAGAAGGUGGUGUAAACCAGGUCAUGCACCGUCUUGCAGAUACAAUUGUCGCUUGGCUCUCAAGCCAGCUUUCCAAACAAAAGCGGAAUGACUUCAAACCGAAAAACGAUGAUAUUUCUUUUGCGCGAGUAAAUACAGAGCCUUGCGUCGCUUGUUGUGAUAUGCUUGAGAAGUUUCGGGACACUGCCAAAGCUAACUUGAGUGGCAAGAACCUGGAGUCAUUCUUGACAGAAAUUGGAAUCUCAUUCCAUAGUCUGUUGCUCGAACAUCUUAGGAAAUUCCCAGUCAGCGCCACUGGUGGAUUGAUGCUAGCUAAGGACAUACGGAUGUAUCAAGAUACAAUCAGCAGUUUUGGCAUCCCGUCGCUGACUGAACGAUUCGAGUUCAUUCGUCAACUUGGCCAAGUGUUCCUUCUGAGCCCCGAGAUCCUGAAGUCCUACAUCACCGAAAACUAUCUCGGGCGAAUCGAGCCAAGCCUCCUCAAACCUUAUCUCGCUCAGCGCAGCGACUGGGGUCAGUUUGAGAAAGGCUUCAAUGACAGUGGUAUGUCCGUAGAUGGUGCAGUAUCGGACACAGCAAAAUCCCGCUUUGGCCGACUUAGUGUUAUGAUGAAGGAGUUGGAGGGGCUGAAAUUAGAAGGGCUCCGGCUCAGUGAAGGUAUCUCUGUUGGAAUACCUACACUUCCUAGUGGUUUUACUGGGACCUUUUCCAUGAGCUCGAGACCAUUUGCAAGUUAAUCUCAUGGUUCAAUAUCUGUUGCAAUUCGGAUUUAUUCUUUUCUUUUUGCUCAUAACUUAUUACACUUGUGGAAUUCAUUCUCCUUUAAAUACAGGACGUC